UAAUAAAGUUGAUCCUUAACUAAGGUUGUGGGUGGAGUCUUGUGACAGUCACCAGUGUGCGCUUCUACACAACAUUCUUAACAUACACUUCAACUAAAUAUAAACGAAUAACACAUUUAAACUUGUUAUACUCCGUGGCACUAAAAUAAACAAAAGUUAUACCUAAUGAAAAUUUUGGUUUUGUUUUUGUGUGUGAAAAAGAUAAAUCAUCACCCGGUCGAAGUUUUCCUUAAUCGAGUUAUGUUAUAUUGACGAUAUCUCGAGAUGUCAUUAUUAAUAACCUCAUCACGAAGUGUCUUGAGACAAGUCAAGUCAUAUAGUGUAUUCCAGUGUCCCGCAAUACAUGAGGGAAACUUGUCUUCAGUGUUACGAACAUUAUAUAGACAAUCUUCAACAUUUUGCGUAGGCCUGCCAUGUUGUAGGUCAUCAUGUUGGUCUUGGCAGUGUGACCUGCAGUCCAGCCGUCAUAUUGGUCUCUGGUCUUCACAUCAAAAUACACCAACACUAAAAACUGUGACAGAUGUAGCGAAAUUUAUUAAAGAACGUGCCACAAAUGUUUUAGUUAUGGUUGGAGCUGGUAUUAGUACUCCCUCAGGGAUUCCAGAUUUUAGAACACCAGGGACUGGCUUGUAUGACAACCUACAAAAGUAUAAUCUGCCAUAUCCAGAGGCUAUAUUUGACAUCCACUUCUUUAUGAUGGAUCCUCGACCUUUCUUUGCAUUAGCUCAGGAUCUCUACCCCGGAGUGAAUUACAAACCUAAUGUGGUUCACCACUUUCUUCGAUUGUUAUAUGAAGAAGAAAAACUACAAAUGGUGUACACACAAAACAUCGAUGGUUUGGAGAGAUUGGCAGGGAUACCAGAUACAAAGCUUAUGGAAGCUCAUGGUACUUUCGCUACAGCCUCAUGCACACUCUGUGGCAAGAUGCAUAAUUCUAAUAAAGUUAAACAAGCCAUCAUCGAAGGAGAUAUUCCAAUGUGUGAAGCCACCAAUUGUAAGGGCAAAGUAAAACCAGAUAUUGUUUUCUUUGGUGAGAAUCUGCCACCUUCAUUCUGGGACUACCACCAACACAUUCACUUCACAGAUCUUCUUCUUAUUAUUGGAACUUCACUUGAGGUUUACCCCUUUGCCGGAAUAGCAGAUGCUGUGGGAACACAGACACCUAGGGUACUAAUCAAUCUUAAUGCUGUUGGUAGCCUCGGAAGACGUACAACUGAUGUUAUACUGACAGGAGAUCUCGAAGAAAGUGUUCACAGUUUAGUAAGGGAAUUAGGCUGGGAAGAAAAAUUAAAAGCUCUUGAAAAAGUCUAUGAAAGUAAGCAGAUAAAUGAAGAAUAAAAAGUAAUCCUUUUAAUAAUAAUUUUAGUUUUAAAUUAAAUUAUAUAAAACUUGGUGAAACUGCAAAAAUCUUAUAUUUAUUUAUGCUGUAUAUUAAGAAUGAUGAUACAUAUUAAAUUUAUUUUUAAUGUUGCAGAUAUUGUAGGUUAAUUUUCAUAAUUAACAGUGUCUCAAGUUUAAGUCUUCAUACUGUACAGUUGAGCCUUGGAACUUGCAUGGUUUAGGUGUCUGGAGGCCUCAUAACUCCUGAAGUUUCAGGGAAAAAAAAAAAAAGGAAAUCUUGCAUGGUAACUAGGAGUGAUAGCAGCUACCUCACUGAAAGUUCUCUGUUACUAAACGGUUUGUCUUACAUUUUUUACUGCCGUAGUUCUAAAAUUGUUGAAUUUCAAAUCAAGUAUGCACAGAUAACUUUAAUGUUAGAAUUCUGUAUAAAUACAUAAUAAAUUAGUAUAUAAAUAUUGCAACCACGUGGCAACAUAAGGCCUCCAUUCAAACAUAUUUUUUGGAUUCUAACAUAUGUUCUCACUUUAUUAUACAGUGUAUUUUCUCACUAGCAUGCACAAAAAAAGUAGAAAUUUAAUUUGUACUUGAAAUAAUGCUCUUCUUUGCAAAUUCCAUGUAAACAUUUAAUAAAAAAUGAUAUCAAAAUGUU